CUCUUAUUUCUUCUUACUUGUUACUUAAAACUCUUUUCUGUCACAUUCAUUGCGUUUUCUAACUAUACCCCUUUCUCUCUCUAAAAUACUCAAUGAAGCAAUUCAAAACGGCAUGAUUUCUUGUCGUUUCAUGAGCUUACUGUAGUAUUAUUCACCAACAUAUCCUCUUCUUCUUCUUCCCAACAACACAACAGUGAAACCCAGAGACAGAAUUUUGUACUAAAGGGAUAAAGAGGAAAAUUCUUUUGAUUCACUUUUAGAAAGAGGUCUCUGAGCUGUUUUCCUCCGCGACUACUACUUGAUGUUUGCUUCACAGCUAUUGAGACUUCUCGAGACUCUACCAGCUGAUACGAGCAGUGAAAGCCAAUAAUCAUCCUCUGUUUAGUGAUUCAACACUAGUCUCUGUGCAUGAUUCUAAAACAUUUGAAUGCAACGACAGCGUCUUUGACACAGCUGAAGAGAAGCCUACAAUGAACGGAAAUCAGAAUGGGAUAUUAGGUCAUUCAAAUGGUUACAAGGAGGCAGAUGCUUUAGGUUUUCCUGUAAAUGACUUCGGAAAUACAAAUGUCCACGACAAUAGGGAAGACCCUUUGGCGUGCGACAGAAAAGAUGGGAAUAAAUUCUGGGAAGUUCCUGAACUCGAUGACUCUAUAUUUUUUGAUAACAACGAUGAGAUUAAGGCUUCAAAUGUGAGGGACAAUCAUAAUGUAGAUUUGUCCACGAUAAACGGUGACAAUAGAGGUGGAAAUCCUUUCGCGUGUGAUAUUCCUUCAAGUGAAACAAAUGAAAUUGUUGCUGCAAGUGUUACAGAUGAUCAAACCGGAAGCUUGUCGAAUAUCAUCCAUACCAAGAGAGGUGGAAAUCCAUUUGAAUGUGAUACAAAAGAUAGAAAUCAGCCAUGGAAUAUUCCAGAAUAUGAGUCCCUCGAUUUCCUUGAUGACAAAGGAAAUGAAACUAUCGACUCUGAUUCGCCUUUUACCUCUCACUCCGAGUUGUUUGAGAAUAACAAACAUUUUUAUUCUGAUAAAGGGGUCACCGAUCACGAGCUUUCUGAAUUGACAGUUUGCUAUCGAGAGAACAACUUUAACAUAGUUAAAGAUAUAUGUAUGGAUGAGGGUGUACCUGCAGUAGAUAAAGUUCUAACCGAGAGCUGGAAAGAUGAUCAACUGAGCACGUCUGUUUCUGUUGAUGCUGAUGAAGAACAUCAGAGCAACACAAAGAAAAGUGUCGAUAUGGGGUCGAGCAUUGCAACUGUAUCACAAGAUUCAUCUUGCGAAGAUGCCAAGAACAUUGCUGUGACUCAUGGUGCAGAAAUAGAACCUACUGGAGCACCUAUUCCAAACGAUUUCAACCCGUCACUAGAGAAUAAAGCCAACAAAGAUGCGGAUAAGGAUUCUUAUCUCGAGGAUUUGUUGAUGAUUUUUGGUUCAAAAUGUACAACAAACGGGAAAACUACUAAUGCAUCAGAAAAACCAUCAUCUCCUAAUACCGUUGUUCGUGUGGAAGAGUCCAAUAUAAAAACUUCUGAUGGUGAUCAAUCUACACUGCAACCCGAUCAGGUGCCUUUUGAUCAAACUUUGAAAAGCCAAACUGCAAUUUCUGCAGCUGAUGAGUCAAACAACAACAAAGGUAAUAGCAAGGAGGGAGCAGGAACUAAUAUUUUCGACUUCAAUCUCACCAAACCAGAAUCAACAACAACCACGGAGGGAGGAGUCGAAAACUUGCCUGAAGAUUCUCACAAGCCAAAGGCUGUCUCCGUUCACAAGAACGGAAACUCAGAUAACAUUUCAGCUUCUAGUCAAGUUCCUUUCGCUAAUACUGCUGACAACGCGCACCAGCAACACCUUGAAUCCCAAAACAUGGCUAAUGGACAAGGUCAUUUUGCUGAUGGAGAGGCAAGUUUUUCUGCAGCAAGAGGUCCUAUCUCAGGUUCCAUCACUUACUCAGGGCCUAUAUCUUACUCCGGAAGCCUAUCUCUUCGAUCCGAAAGCAGCACAACCAGCACCAGAUCCUUUGCCUUCCCAGUCUUACAAAAUGAAUGGAAUAGCAGUCCAGUAAGAAUGGCGAAGGCGGAACGGAGGCGUUUAAGUAAACAAAAAGGUUGGAAACAAGGCCUUCUGUGUUGUAGAUUCUAAAAUUCUUGCUUCUUAGUUAAAGAAUAUACAUAACAAAGACCUUAAAUCUUGAAUCUUUUGAGUAUUGUAAGUAUGCAUACAUGUUGAUAUUCAUUAUUCUCUUAGGGGUGGCAUGUUUUAGGGGAAGUUACACAUUUGGUCGCGUGGCAAAAAAUAAUUACAUCCCCUAUCCAAUAUACAUAUAUUAUACUAUGUGUAUAUUAUAUAUCUAUCGGCUAUUAUUUUGUGUGGGCGGCUAUUUAUGUCAAUUUCCCUUUGUUCUAUUAAAGACAUGGAAGGUUACUGAUGUAAAACCCUUUUCUUUUUUUUUUUACAUUUUUGUUCUUAUACAGUAUAUCAUGUAUACUCAUGUUUAAUGUCCCUUUUUUUUUCUUCUA